AUGUCAAAAGUACCAAGAAAUUUUAGAUUAUUAGAAGAGUUAGAAAAGGGUGAAAAAGGGUUUGGCCCAGAAUCAUGUAGUUACGGUCUAGCCGAUAGUGACGAUAUUACUAUGACUAAAUGGAACGGUACUAUUCUAGGGCCCCCUCAUAGUAACCAUGAGAAUAGAAUCUAUUCCCUUUCUAUAGAAUGUGGCCCAGAUUAUCCGGAUUCCCCACCAAAGGUUACCUUUAUUUCCAAGAUAAACCUACCAUGCGUCAAUCCAAGUACUGGGGAAGUCCAAACAGAUUUCCACACAUUGCGUGACUGGAAAAGAGCCUACACCAUGGAAACUUUAUUACUAGAUCUUAGAAAGGAAAUGGCAACUCCAGCGAACAAGAAAUUGCGCCAACCACAGGAAGGUGAAACCUUUUAG